CCUGAUGCCGCGAAUAUUCGUUAUUCACAUUUCGUCGUUAGAUCGCGCAAAUUUGUACGGUAGUUUUUGCCAUUAACCGCUACCACCCAACACCCCCGCAUUUACAAGUGCUUCGCAUCAAUUGCACUCAGUAAAGUGUAUAUGGCAAUUUGAAUUUAAAAAUAUUUUAAAAUUUAAAUAAAUCAAACGUUUACGAAAAUACGAAAAGUGCUCGAAAGUGCCCAACAAUAGACCAAAACAAAAGUUUUGGCUAAGAUCUGCAUUGCAGCUUUGGAUCUAAGAGUUAAUUAAAAGUUGUCAAUGGUUUUUGGCCAACAGUAAGGACCAACUGUCCCAAAACUCCUAUCGACUUUUAUCACUCCCAUAAACCAGAGAGAAGCUCCCAGGGGCAAGUGGUUGCUGUUGACUCACAAAACAGCUGUCGAGGAAUCGCCUGAUUUUUAGUCGCGAGAAGCUGUUGAAAGCCGUGGAUCAGCAAGCUGUUGCGGUCAAGCACAAUAACAACAACAAAAGCCCGCAGACUGCAGAGAAUAACGGUAAAAGUGCACGGGCGCUGCGUCGCCGUCGCCGUCGCAAUAAGAAGCAACAAAAUUCGCAACAACCUGACUGCUUUGAGGAUCCCAAGCCCAACAACGAGCAGCUAACACCGAGCACCUCCAAUUUCCACUGCGAAAAAGAAGAUUCGAUAACCGAUAACAACAAGAUGCCAGCCCGAUUUGCCGAUGACGUCAUCACCGCUGAGCCAGCGACGCGUACUGCCCCCCAAUUGGACCUGGGUGGUGGACACUAUGCGUCCCGGCAGCAGCAGCAGCACCUGUUGAACGAUGAGAUUGCCAUCACUGGCUUCUCCGGCCGUCUGCCCGAGAGUUCCACCAUUGAGGAGUUUAAGCAGAAUCUAUUCGAUGGCGUCGACAUGGUCAACGAUGAACCUAGACGUUGGGAGCGGGGUCUUUAUGGCUUGCCGGACAGGAUUGGCAAGCUCAAGCAGAGCGAUCUGGAGAACUUUGAUCAGCAGUUCUUUGGUGUGCAUCAGAAGCAAGCGGAGUGCAUGGAUCCCAUGCUUCGGAUAAUGCUCGAAUUGACACACGAGGCAAUUAUCGAUGCUGGUCUGAAUCCGGUAGAUUUGCGCGGAUCUCGCACUGGGGUCUACAUUGGUGUGUCCACAUCGGAGACCGAGCAGCAUUGGUGCCAUGAUGCGGAUCGUGUAAAUGGCUAUGGAUUGACUGGAUGUGCAAGGGCCAUGUUCGCCAAUCGUAUAUCGUUUACAUUCGAUUUCAAGGGUCCCAGUUACAGCAUUGACACUGCCUGCUCCAGUUCGUUGUAUGCGAUGGAGCAGGCCUUCUCGGACAUGAAGGAGGGCAAGAUCGAUAAUGCCUUGGUCGCCGGCUGUGGUUUGAUCCUGAAGCCAACCAUGUCGCUGCAGUUCAAGAGAUUGAACAUGUUGAGUCCGGAUGGAAGUUGCAAGGCCUUUGAUGAAUCCGGCAAUGGAUAUGUACGCUCCGAGGGCUGUGUGGUCCUUCUACUUCAGCGGACAUCGGCUGCCAAGCGUGUGUACGCCUCCAUCUUGAAUGUGCGCACCAAUACAGAUGGCUACAAGGAGCAGGGAAUCACGUAUCCCAUUGGCAGCAUGCAGAAUCGUUUGAUACGCGAAACCUAUGAGGAGAUUGGCCUCAAUCCCAACGAAGUGGUCUAUGUGGAGGCCCACGGCACUGGUACCAAGGUCGGCGAUCCCCAGGAGGUUAACUCCAUUACGGACUUCUUUUGCAAGAAUCGCACGACUCCGCUGUUGAUUGGCUCCGUCAAAUCCAACAUGGGUCACUCGGAACCCGCUUCGGGUGUUUGCUCUGUGGCCAAGAUCCUGAUUGCCAUGGAGGAGGGCGUCAUUCCCGCCAAUCUGCACUAUAACAAACCCAAUCCGGAUCUAUACGGUCUGGUCGAUGGUCGCCUCAAGGUGGUGGACAAGAAUCUACCAUGGAAUGGUGGCAUCAUUGGUCUCAACUCCUUUGGCUUUGGCGGCGCCAAUGCUCACGUCAUUCUCAAAUCGAAUCCCAAGCCCAAGACGGUGACUCCUCUGAAUACGGCACCCAAGCUAGUGGUUGCCUCGGGCCGUACCUUUGAGGCCGUCCAACAGUUGCUGGAAUCCACAGCAAUCCACUCUGAUGAUGAUGAAUACUUGCAGCUCCUCAACGACAUCCAUUCCAAGCCCAUUCCCCUGCACUAUUUCCGGGGCUACAGUGUGGUGAACAACAAGGGAUCUCUGCAGCGGGAGGUGCUGGAUUCCAGCGAUGAAAAGCGUCCGGUGUGGUACAUCUAUUCGGGCAUGGGCAGCCAGUGGGCCAGCAUGGCCAAGGAUCUCAUGCAGAUCGAUGUCUUUGCCAAGACGAUUCAACGUUGCGCCGAUGUCCUAAAGCCCGAGGGCGUCGAUCUUAUCGAUGUCCUUACCCGAUCCACGGAUAAGAGCUUUGAGAACAUUCUCAACUCGUUCAUCUCGAUUGCCGCCAUGCAGGUGGCUUUGACCGAUCUCCUGACCUCCCUGAACAUCCAUCCCGAUGGCAUUAUCGGUCACUCGGUGGGUGAAUUGGGUUGCGCCUAUGCCGACGGCUGUUUCACCCCGGAGCAGACUGUCCUAGCUGCCUACUGGCGUGGCAAGAGCAUCCUGGACACCCAGCUACCCAAGGGUAAGAUGGCCGCUAUCGGCCUGAGCUGGGAUGAGGCCCAUAAGCGUGUGCCCAGCGAUUGUUUCCCCGUCUGUCACAACAGCGAGGAUAACUGCACGAUUUCUGGACCGGAUGCAUCCAUCGAGGCGUUCGUGGCCAAGCUUAACGGACAGGAGGUCUUCGCCAAGGCGGUCAACAGCAGUGGCUAUGCGUUCCACAGCAAAUACAUUGCCGACGCUGGUCCCAAAUUGCGCAAGAGUCUGGAGAAGAUUAUACCGAAUGCCAAGAACCGUACCGCACGCUGGGUGAGCACCAGCAUUCCGGAAUCCGCCUGGGGAACACCAGUUGCGAUGCAAUCUUCGGCUGCUUAUCAUGUGAACAACUUGCUGUCGCCGGUGCUGUUCCAUGAGGCACUGCAGCAUGUGCCCAAGAAUGCCAUUGCCAUUGAGAUUGCGCCCCAUGGUCUCCUGCAGGCCAUUCUUAAGCGUGCUCUGGGUGCGGAGGCCACCAACUUGAGCCUGGUGAAGCGUGGACAUGAGAACAACGUCGAGUUCUUCCUGACCAAUGUGGGUAAACUGUUUGCCGCCGGUGCUCAGCCUCAGGUGUUGAAUCUGGUGCGUCCCAUCAGUUAUCCCGUGGGUCGUGGUACUCCCAUGUUGAACUCGAAGAUUGGAUGGGAUCACAGCCAGAAGUGGCUGGUGGCCAAGUUUGACAAGGAAACGUCGUCGGGUGAGACCAUCAUUGAGGUGGAUCUGUCCAAGGAGGAGGACGCCUUCCUCGCUGGCCAUACCAUUGAUGGACGCAUCCUAUUCCCGGCCACCGGCUACAUGACUCUCGCCUGGAUGUCCUACGCCAAGAUGCGGGGUGGCGAGUUCCACAAGACGCCGGUUGUCAUGGAGAAUCUGGUGUUCCAUCGUGCCACGAUUCUCAAUAAGAGCGCUGUGGUCAAGUUCGGCAUCAAUUUCUUUGACGGCACCGGCAACUUUGAGAUCUGUGAGAGCGGCAGCUUGGCCGUCUCUGGAAAGAUCAGCAUCCCCGAGAGCAUUGACAGCGAGGAGCUGCCCCUGGAGCCUCAGAUGGCCAGCAAUGUGGCCAAGCAGCUGGCCACUAAUGAUGUCUACAAGGAGUUGCGUCUUCGUGGUUACGAUUACUCCGGAAUCUUCCGUGGUAUUGUCAAUUCAGAUACGUUUGCUUCGGCUGGACACUUGCAGUGGGUGGAGAAUUGGGUUAGCUUUAUGGAUACAAUGCUGCAGUUCAGCAUUCUCAGCAAGAAUCUGCGGGAGCUCUAUUUACCCACUCGCAUUGAGAAGGCUGUCAUCAAUCCCCUCAAGCAUUUGCAGCUGAUCAACGGACUCAGCAAGGAAUCGCAGACAAAUGUGGGUUUGCCCGUCUCCUGGUAUGACAGCAUCAAUGUCAUCAAGAGCGGUGGCGUGGAGCUGCGGGGAUUGAAGGCCUCGCUGGCUCAGCGUCGUCCUGGCACACAGAAUCCUCCCACAUUGGAACGCUACAGCUUUGUGGCCAACAACAAUACCACGGAAUUGAACGAGAACACGGAUAAGGCGCGUCUGCAUGCCUUGGACGUGGCCAUCCAGCUCAUCAUUGAGAAUUCCAGUGGUGCGGUGAAACUCAAGGGUGUGGAACUCGCCAACGGACGCAAUCCCGAUGUCCUGAUGGCCAAUCAUCUGCUGCAGAUCAUCGAGGGUGAACCAGUCCUCACCGGUGACGUCGCUGUUGUCACCUCCAACAACAAUGAGGAGCUCAUUGCCAGCUCCCUGGGUGACUCCGGCGUGCGUGUCGUGUCCAAGGAUGUUGUGAAGGAACCGGUUGAGCAGAACUGUCACUUUGUCUACGGCAUCGAUGUGCUGUCCCGUCCGGAUACGAAAACGCUGGAGAAUAGCAUUGCCAGCAUCCGGGACACGGGAUUCCUCAUAUUGGAGGAGGGUCUAACCACUUACACCAAGUCCGGACGUGCUUUGCUCGGCAAGUUCGGUUUCGUGCCCGUGCAGGAGCAGACUCUCGGAGGUACUCGCAUUCUGAUCUUGGCACGUCGUCGGGUUGACCUAAAGACCCGCAAGUCCAUUGUUGUCCAGGUCACGGAACAGAACUUCAGCUGGGUGGAUGACCUCAAGGUGGCUCUGGCCACAGCCGCCACGGAGGAGCAGUACGUCUAUGUGGUGUGCCAGAAUGAGGAGCUCUUCGGCGCCGUCGGUCUGAUGACCUGCAUCAAGAAUGAGAAUGGCGGCAAGCUGGCACGUCUGGUCUUUGUCCAGGACAAGGUGUCUGACAAGUUCUCCUUGACGGCACCCAUUUACGCCAAUCAGCUGGAGAAGGAUCUCAUCUCGAAUGUACUGAAGAACGGCAACUGGGGCACCUUCCGUCAUCUGAAGCUGGAGACCCAACAAGCCACCCUGCAGGUGGAGCAUGCCUAUGUGAAUGCUCUCGUCAAGGGUGACUUGGCCUCCCUCAAGUGGAUCGAGGGCGCCAAGUCGGAUGGCUCCAUUAAGAAGGAUCUGGAGACCUGUACCGUUUACUAUGCUCCCGUUAACUUCCGUGACGUGAUGUUGUCCUCGGGAAAACUGGCUGCCGAUGCUCUACCAGGUGAUUUGGCCGAGCAGGAUUGUGUGCUGGGUCUGGAGUUUGCCGGACGUGACACCACCGGACGUCGGAUGGCCAUGGUGCCGGCCAAGUCCCUGGCCACCACGUGUCUGGCCAGCAAGCGCAUGAUGUGGCAAAUCCCCGACAAGUGGACCAUGGAGGAGGCCUCCACGGUGCCCUGUGUCUAUGCUACCGUCUACUACGCUCUGGUUGUCCGUGGACAGAUGAAGAAGGGUGAACGCAUCCUGAUCCAUGCAGGAUCUGGCGGUGUGGGCCAGGCUGCCAUCUCCGUGGCCUUGCAUCAUGGACUGACGGUCUUCACCACGGUGGGAAGCAAGGAGAAGCGCGAGUUCCUCUUGAAGCGUUUCCCCAAGCUCCAGGAUCGCAACAUUGGCAACUCCCGAGACACAUCCUUUGAGCAACUGGUCAUGAUGGAGACAAAGGGACAGGGUGUUGACCUUGUGCUCAAUUCGUUGUCCGAGGAGAAACUCCAGGCAUCCGUACGCUGUCUGGGACUCAAUGGACGCUUCUUGGAGAUUGGCAAAUUUGAUUUGAGCAACAACAGUCCACUGGGUAUGUCCGUGUUCCUGAAGAACACCUCGUUCCAUGGCAUUCUGCUCGACAGUGUGAUGGAGGGCGAGGAGGCAAUGCAGGAUCAGGUGGUAUCCCUCGUUGCCGAGGGCAUCAAGAACGGAGCUGUUGUGCCUCUGCCGACCUCCGUGUUCAACGACAAGCAGGUAGAGCAGGCGUUCCGUUUCAUGGCAUCCGGAAAGCACAUUGGCAAGGUGGUCAUCAAGGUGCGCGACGAGGAGGACGGCAAGAAGGCUCUGGUGCCCAAGGCGCGUCUGAUCAACGCCAUUCCCCGUACUUAUAUGCAUCCGGAGAAGAGCUACAUCCUGGUUGGAGGUCUCGGCGGUUUCGGCUUGGAGUUGACCAACUGGCUGGUGACCCGUGGUGCCCGUUAUAUUGUGCUUACCUCCCGUUCGGGAGUGAAGACCGGCUACCAGGGACUUAUGAUCCGUCGCUGGCAGGAACGUGGCGUUAAGGUGGUGAUCGAUACCAAUGAUGUGACCACAGCGGAUGGUGCCAAGAAGCUCCUGGAGAGCAGCAAUAAGUUGGCCCUGGUUGGAGGCAUCUUUAACCUGGCCGCCGUGCUGCGCGAUGCUCUGAUUGAGGAUCAGACGGCCAAGGACUUUAAGACCGUUGCCGAUCCCAAGGUGACAGCGACCAAGUUCUUGGAUCAGUACUCCCGCACCAUUUGCACCGAGUUGGACUACUUCAUCUGCUUCUCCAGCGUGUCCUGCGGACGUGGCAACAUUGGUCAAUCCAACUACGGCCUGGCCAACUCAGCCAUGGAGCGAAUCUGCGAGCAGCGACAGAUUAGUGGCUUCCCCGGCACAGCCAUCCAAUGGGGCGCCAUCGGAGACACGGGAUUGGUGCUGGAGAACCUCGGUGACAAUGAUACGGUUAUUGGAGGCACAUUGCCUCAACGGAUGCCAUCUUGCCUGCAGACCAUCGAUCUGUUCCUGCAACAACCACAUCCCGUGCUCGCCUCCAUGGUGGUCGCAGAGAAACGCAAAUCCGACUCCUCGGCAGGUGUUAGUCUCAUUUCCACCAUUUCGAAUAUUUUGGGAUUACGUGACACCAAGAACAUUCAGGAUGCCGCUUCCCUGGCCGAUCUGGGCAUGGAUUCGCUGAUGGGAGCGGAAAUCAAGCAAACCUUGGAGCGUAACUUUGACAUUGUGCUGUCCACGCAAGAGAUUCGUCAACUCAGCUUCGGAGCACUCAAGCAAAUGGACGGAGGAGCCGAGGUGAAGCCGGCGACAGCCACAGCCACAGCGACAGCGUCAGUUGCCACAACGGAGCCGGUUGCCAAUACGGUGGCGCCAUCGAGAACGGCCAGUCCAUUGGGCGAUGGCACCCAGGUGGUCUUCACCAGGGAUCUCAUACCCACAGAGGAGAUUGUGCGUCUGGAGACACAAGCUCCGGCAAAUAGCAAACAGACGCCCAUUUUCUUCAUGUCACCCAUUGAGGGAUUUGCCACGGCACUUGCUCCCCUUGCCAAGAGAUUGGAGGUGCCAGCCUACGGCCUGCAGUUCACAAACGAGGUGCCCAUGGACUCCAUCGAGUCGGCCGCGAGAUUCUAUGUGAAGCAACUGCGCACAGUGCAACCCAAGGGACCCUACAAACUGGCCGGCUACUCCUUUGGCUGCCUGCUUACGUACGUGAUGGCUGCCCUCCUCGAGGAGACCAACGAGAUUGCCAGCGUCAUCAUGCUGGACGGAGCACCCACCUAUGUCAACUGGUUCACAAGCAGCUUCAAGCAGCGUUAUGAUGUCGAUGACGACAACAGCAAACAGAGCUACGGCCUGGCCUACUUUGGCAUCGUGUUGGCCAACAUUGACUACAAGGCGCUGGUUCGCUUGCUACUCUUGAUACCCACGUGGGAGGAAAAACUCGAGAAAUUUGCCGAGAUGAUAAGUGUGGAAAUUAAGAAGCCCGAGGAAACUAUUCGCACAGCGGCUAAACUGUUCUACAAGAAACUAGUGCUGGCCGACACCUAUAAGCCAACGCUGAAGCUAAAGUCAAAGGUCACGCUGGUCAAGCCAACAGAUAAUUCAGCCAAGUUGGACGAGGACUAUCGUCUUAAAGAGGUCUGCACAAAACCCGUUGAGGUGCACACAGUAGAGGGCAACCAUCGCACGUUCCUGAUUGAGGAUCAGUCCCUGGCAACCAUACAGAGUAUAUUGAAGCGACUCUUCAAUUAGCUAUCUUAGCCAGAUUUUGGAAACACGCGCACAUAAACAUAAAGAAUACUCAUGUUUUCUGUAAUCCAUAUAUAUAGUUAUAUAUAUGGAAAUCUCCUUCGCUCUCUAUCCUUUUUUUAAAAAAGGAAAAUGCACAGCUUCAUCGUAACAUUGUAAUUCUAGCUAGCACAUUUAGUUAAUGAAUUUAUAUAAUCGCGCUACAAGGAAUGCUUAGCACUAAAUCAUCUACGGAAUCAUCACAAAUCAUUUGGAACUGCCGUCUUGCAGAGUCUGUUCUCAUCCAGGUCCAAAAAUGUUGUCAACAUCCUCUGCGAUUCCUGGCAGUUCUCUACCUAACUUCAUUAUAAGCAUACGGGAAUAGCAGCAUUCCUUGAGAGCCACAGCUACGGCACUAGACGUCCCAACUUACCAAAUAUAUCUAUAUAUAUAUAUAUAUACGCUAUAAAUAUGUGCACAUUUGUCGCAUCUUUUAGUUUUAAUUAGUAUCCUAAGUCUAAAGAUGUUUAUAGUCUCACAUGUAAUGAGUUUCAUUCCUAAUCUAUACAAAAAAAAAAAAAAAAAUAUGAACAAACAAAAAUCAAACUAAUCCUGUUUGUUAUUUUGAUGUAUAAAAUAGACGUACAAAAUUAUCACUCAUAAUUAUUGGGCAUAUAUAAAAUCAAUAUAAAUAAACAAAAAAAACUUCAAAAAUA